GACUGUAUUUAUUGAAAGGCAUCAAUGCUGUUUGUUGCCUUCAGAAGUCGAUACAUGAAGUCUUCAAGGUAAAAGUCAAUAUCAGCCUGACCAAUUACAGAUUCUGUAGAUACAGACGAGAGUAAAUCGUGUGAUCUGAAUGGUUGAUUGUGGUAAACGGGGGCGAUCCGUCAACUUAAGAAAAGACAAAUUGUUCGUUUCAGAUUGUGGCCUUUUCAUCCAAUGCUGUGUUUGUAAUUGUAUUGUUUUAUAUAUAUUGUAAUUAAUACCACCAGAGAUGCUAAUGAGAUACAUGUUGAUAUUCGACAACUAUACGUUACCGAUGAAGACAUAUUACCAGUUAGUAGCUCUAGCAAUCUUUUUAUCACUCGGACUAUCCGAGCAGGCUAUGCCAGAAAGAUUAUGUGGCCGAAACCUGGCAGAUGCCUUAGAUUUAGUUUGUUACGAUCGGGGAUUUCAUUGGGAAGUCAGAAAAAGAUCAGGUAUGCCAGUACUAUCUAAAAGACAUAAUACAAUGACUAGUGAAAUUAUAUAUGGUAAACGUAGUUACAGUAAUAGAAGGGGUGUAGUAGAAGAAUGUUGUUAUAUUGGAUGUAACUAUGAUAUUUUAGAAAGUUAUUGUGCUCAACCUGGAGAUGAUGCUCCCGGGAGUGGAUCUAGAAUUUUAUUCGGGAGAACGACAGCACGACCUAUACCAGUCCCACAGACAACACCACCGCCUCCUGUAGUCACCACACCAAGCCAUGACUUCCCAUCUGCCGUAUUCAACUCAAACCAUCGACGUGGACAUGCUGCCAGAAAACAUUUCUUCUAUGUUCAAUUAGGAACACGACCAACACGUAGCCCAUUAAUAUAAACUAUUUAACAAAACGCACACUCCAAUAUCAUUCCGAUUCAAGACACAUAAAUCAGAACGAGUUAUUUCCCUUAGCGGAAAUGAACAGCAGUCUCCUGUACCUUACUUGAAACCUUUUUUUUUUGACUAUUGUAAGAAGAACUGAUCUUCAUUAUGUAAAUCAAGAAAUUGUUUUAAUCUUUGUUUUCUCUCUUAAAUGUCAAGUCCUAUAUAAGGGCUAAACAUUUCGAGUAGGAUUGUUGGGAACAAACAGCAAUCUAAAGAAUGAGGACUGGCUACACGCCGAGGUUUUAGGAGAGGCCUACAAGCCGCCUUGUGUGCUUUUUGUUUAGCUAAUAUUAUUUCGGGCAUUUUCAACUUCGUCUCUAACUUUACGAAGAAUAUAUUCCCAGUGCCUCAUUAUGCCGUCAUAACGUUUGGGUUAUUAGAGAUGGCGCCAGUCAUUUUAUAUCAUAAGCCCCCGUGAAGAUAUUAACAAACAAAUUAAUGAUAUGUUUUAAUUAUUUAUCUUAAAAUAUUUAUCAGCGAUGUAAUAAUUGUAUGCAUUAUUUUCUUUUGUUUAUCAACUUUUUUUUCGACAAUCGAAUUUGUGUUCGAAGCUUAAUUGCGUAACUAUCUUAGAAUUAGACUAAAUUAGCCUAAGUCUUGUUUCUACGUUUUCUUUUAAUACAAUUAUGUAUAUCGGAGUCAAUUAUAGGCGCCUAUCUUUUGAAUAUUUUAAAACUUGUAAGAAAUGAUAUAUAAUGGCAAAAAAUAAUAUUAGUUAUGGCAUGGAAUCCAUUAAAUCGACUGUAUAGCCGUAGAAAUCUAUUGGUAUUUCAAUAUUAACAUAACAUUUAAUGAAUUUAGAAUUUGCAUUUCAUGAAAAAAACAUUUAGAAUAUCAUAUAUAUUUUUGGGAAAAAAAGAAAUACAUUAAUCUAACCUGUAUAUUUGUGUCGCUUCGUUUAUUUACUAUUUGUGUUUCAUUUUGGGUCCC